GAAGUUGCGUUGUGAUCUAGUUAUCAGUCAAGAUUCAUAACUUUCGAUGGAACUCAUGAGUAAAGACGUUGUUUUUCUGUAUUUUUUCACAAGGAAAUACUGACAGGAACAAGUUCUAAUUCAUUGAAGCUAGUGCUUCUGCCUGGGAAGCAUGGCUAUGUGGAUGCCGUACCAGAGUUUGCACCGCCAAUAUGUAUACUUGGUCCUGAUAUCGAUGCUGGUCCUAAUUCCUCUGGUCUGUGGAGGCAAAAUUCCCUACUGUUCUCCUCCUGGGAAACACAUGUUCCAGAAGGGGAGGUGUGUGGAUUGUCCAAAGUGUGUUCCGGGCCAGUUCUUCAAUAAAACAAAGGAGAUUACCGUGGACAGGGUGUUUGGUAGCCUGGACUGUUAUCCCUGUCAGGAAUGUCCUGCUGGCAAGUACAGUAAUGACAGGAGGUGGGACGAGUAUGACGGCUACACCUGCUACUUCCACAAAGAUUGUGGAAAACGGGGACGUGUGGUGAAAACAGCAGGGACAAAUCGUACCAACACUGUGUGUGGGGAGUGUCGCGAAGGGUACAUUUCCGAGGACUGGCCUAUCCUGGAUGACAACUCCUAUUGCUACCCUUGUACAGCAAAAGACAAAAACAAGUCAGCAUGUCAGGAUUUCAUCCCCUCUAUGCUCACUGCAACACCUUUUAUCCCUGCAAACCCUGUGAACCCUGAUGAACCUGUGAACCCUGAUGACCCUACCGCUCAAGGAACACCCCCUGAAAAUCGAUCUGAAGGUAUUUCUAUGCAAGCAGUGUUAGCUGUGUGUUUGAUUGUCAUCCUACUCUCUGUAAUAGCAUGCUGUCUCUGUUACCGACGUAAACAGGAGGGGAAUCUGGACACCAAAAAAGGACUGUUGGCUGGUCAUGAUAUGGAAUCUGAUGGUCCGAAAGCUUUUAGCAGUAUCUCAACUGGUGUAAGUGUGGCGACCACAUCAACAGAUGUUUCAGCCGACAUGAAGUCGCUUACUAAAGAAGAAAGGCAGACUGCCUCGUCCACACGCCUGCAGAAUGAUGAUCGUUACGUCAGCGCGGUGGGAAAUGCAGACACGCGUCCUGGACAGCAUUUGAGACAGGACAAAAUGAGGAGCUUGAUGUUCUCUCUGGGACUGAAACAGGUGCAGAUAGAUGAAGUAGGAGAGGGCCACCUCAUUUCCUACCUCAACAAGUUCAUACAGUGUAAGGGAAAAGAGGCUACCCUGUUAAGUCUUAAUGAUGCUUUAAUAAAGCAUGAAUUUAACGUAGAAUUGGACGCUCUAAUUAUAGAGUUAAGGAAAAAACCUAACAACGGUUCAGUCCAAGAUAGUACUGCUGCGGAGCAGACAUCAUCAAGCCAAAUGAUCAACAAGGAUCUUGCAGACGGGUUAAUCUGUCAGGACUUGAGGUUUUGACCCCUCGACUGAAUGAAAGAUCUUACCAGUUAAAAGGGUUUGGUACAAAAGAGUUUAGGAGAUGCAUAGGGACGGAAUCUAGAAUUCUGUGGCACUGGAUUAAGGGAAGCUAUAUUUAGUCUUUAAGACAGAGUGUGGCUUACAGGGUAUCUAGAUCUAGGUAUCAAGAUGGAUUAGAUCCCGAGUUCUGGGAGUAUUUGGGUGGGACUGCUAACACAGUAGUGUAUUUAAUUUAUUUGGCUGGGACUGCUAACACAGUAGUGUAUUUAGUUUAUUUGGGUGGGACUGCUAACACAGUAGUGUAUUUAAUUUACUUGGUUGGGACUGCUAACACAGUAGUGUAUUUAAUUUAUUUGGGUGGGACUGCUAACACAGUAUUGUAUUUAAUUUAUUUGGGUGGGACUGCUAACACAGUAGUGUAUUUAAUAUAUUUGGGUGGGACUGCCACAGUAGUGUAACCAUCAAUCUUUGAAUGAUCUGAUCCAGAAUCUCUGGUGGAGUGCUAACCUGUACAUCGCAAAUGGUAUUAGUUACACUAGUUCUAGUUCAUCGGCAGCUAAUCAUAGGAAUUGUUCCUAUCACUUGGCAAAGUUAUAAUUUCCAUGGUAAAGACUUGAAAUUUAUUAAUGUCAGCCAAGUGAUUCAAACCUUUAUUGCACUAAUACCAAAGCAGGUAACAUUUUUCACCCUCAUUCCAAAGCAGCGAACAUUUCCUGACCCUAUUUUUUUAUUUUCUACAUAUAACCAGACAUGGUUUAGCUUGUUGAGGAUUUGCUCAAGAUAAAAAAAAAUGCAGAAUAAGAGUCUUCUUGUUCACGAAAACUGGCCAGUGACCGGUGUCCAUAUAAAGAGAAUCAUCUGCAUUAUCAGACUGUGAUAGUUUCAAAGUACAUGCCAAAGUCUGUGAUACAUGUACUUGUAUAGUAUACAUCAAAGUCUGUGAUAUGUUCAUACUUUGUAUUAGGGGAGAGAUGGGUUUAACCAUGGACUUAUCAGCAGCAGUACCCGAUGUUGUAUGGAAACUAAAUUGUGCAGAAUCGGGAAAUCUCACUGUAAGGCUACACCCUUUAUUACGCGCUAUGUAAAAACAUGUACCAAGUUCUUAGAUGAAAUUAUCAGUAGUGUAUCAUGUUUCUUUUGGGCUCUAAAACUUAUUAUUUCAUAGAUAAAGACUUAAAUUAUUUAUGGACACAAUGUAAUAUUGUAUGAUUCAUUUUAUAUUAAGAUUAAGAAGUUUAGAUCUGUUAUGGGUUUGGUAUGAUAUCGAUUGAAUUGAUUUUGAUUUUUCAAAUGGGUUAUAAAAUUUCAUGUGGAACGUUCCAAAUAUGGUGUAGCAUAUUAGAGAUUGUAUGAUAUUUCACUUUGUCAAAUGCAACAUUGUAAAAAGAGAGAUUGUGUGUACAUGUAUAUCUGAUCAGUAAUGGGGAUGUAUGGGUGGUAUAUAGGGGUAAAUGUGUGUACAUGUGUAUCUGAUCACUAAUGGGGAUGUAUGGGCUGGUAUAUAGGGGUAAAUGUGUGUAAAUGUAUAUCUGAUCACUAAGGGGGAUGUAUGGGCUGGUAUAUAGGGGUAAAUGUGUGUAAAUGUAUAUCUGAUCACUAAUGGGGAUGUAUGGGUGGUGUAUAGGGGUAAAUGUGUGUAAAUGUAUAUCUGAUCACUAAGGGGGAUGUAUGGGUGGUAUAUAGGGGGAAAUGUGUGUAAAUGUAUAUCUGAUCACUAAUGGGGAUGUAUGGGCUGGUAUAUAGGGGUAAAUGUGUGUACAUGUGUAUCUGAUCACUAAUGGGGAUGUAUGGGUGGUAUAUAGGGGUAAAUGUGUGUACAUGUGUAUCUGAUCAGUAACGGGGAUGUAUGGGUUGGUAUAUAGGGGUAAAUGUGUGUACAUGUAUAUCUGAUCACUAAUGGGGAUGUAUGGGUGGUAUAUAGGGGUAAAUGUGUGUACAUGUAUAUCUGAUCACUAAUGGGGAUGUAUGGGUGGUGUAUAGGGGUAAAUGUGUGUACAUGUAUCUCUGAUCACUAAGGGGGAUGUAUGGGCUGGUAUAUAGGGGUAAAUGUGUGUACAUGUAUAUCUGAUCAGUAAUGGGGAUGUAUGGGUGGUAUAUAGGGGUAAAUGUGUGUACAUGUAUAUCUGAUCACUAAGGGGGAUGUAUGGGUGAUAUAUAGGGGUAAUGUGUGUACUGUUCAUGUACACUAAAACUUCUCCACAAUCUGUACAGCAAUAUUCUGGUACAUGUAUUAUAGAAAACAGAUAUGAAUGGAAUUGUUAAGAAAAAAGGGUACUUUGAAAUAGCCUUGUUUUUAAGGAAGUGUGGUGGCAAUUUGAAUAAAUGUGAGUAGUAUAAUUAUUUCAAUGUACCUGGUAUGUGGUAAAAUUCUUUUAAUGCAUGUGGUAUAAUUGUUUCAAUAAUUAUGAAUGUGGUAAAAUUGUUUGAGAAAAGGUAUGUGGUAUAAUUCUUUGAAAGUAUGUGGUAUAGUUGAAUAAAUGUUUGUGACAUAAUUGUUUGAAUAUCUGUAUGUGGUAAAAUUGUUUGAAUAACUGUGUGGUAUAAUUGUUUGAAUAACUGUGUGUGGUAUAAUUGUUUGAAUAACUGUAUGUGGUAUAAUUGUUUGAAUUAAUGUAUUUUAUCAUUACCUAUACACA